CACUGACUGUGCAGGUAUGACCUGGAAGACAAACACGUAUGGCGGUGGUGUCAGCCCGAUCUUUGAGCCCGGCGGAACAGAGCAGAGGCAGCACUUCCUGCAGUGUGCAGGCCGGACCGACCGCUCUGUGUGCUGCGCAACUGUUACAGCUGAUCCCGGACCUGAUCCAACAUGGAGAUUUCAUUCGCAGGGAAACGAGCUCUUGUCACCGGAGCAGGAAAAGGGAUUGGCAGGGCCACGGCUCUGGCUCUGGCACGCUGCGGGGCAAAGGUCACGGCGGUCACGCGCACACAGGCUGACCUGAACACUCUGGUGCAAGAGUGUGCCUCCAUCACUCCGCUCUGUGUGGACCUGGCAGACUGGGGGGCCACAGAGGCCACCCUGCAGAACCUCGGCCCCAUCGAUCUUCUGGUGAAUAAUGCUGCCUGUGCCAGUCUGCAGCCGUUCCUGGACGUCACACCGGACCAGUUUGACCAGUCGUUCAAUGUGAAUGUGAAAGCUGUGCUGCAUGUGUCCCAGAUAGUGGCUCGUGAUAUGAAGGCCAGAGGAUCUGGAGGCUCCAUUGUCAAUGUGUCCAGCCAGGCCUCGCAGUGCGCCCUCAGGGACCACGCUGUCUACUGUGCCACUAAAGGAGCCCUGGACAUGCUGACGAAGGUGAUGGCUCUGGAGCUGGGACCCCACCAGAUCCGUGUGAACAGUGUGAACCCCACAGUGGUGAUGACAGAGAUGGGUCGCUUAGGCUGGAGCGACCCCGAAAAAGCCAAGAGCAUGACGUCCCGCAUCCCCCUCGGCCGCUUCGCAGAGGUGGAGGACGUGGUGAACAGUAUUUUAUUCUUGCUGAGUGAUAAGAGCAACAUGACUAAUGGAGUCACUCUGCCAGUGGACGGAGGCUUCCUGGCCUGCUAACUGGAACGAGUUUCCCCUCAGCACACCGCCCAUCUUCUGAGAGGAAUGACAAAUACAUCCCAUCUGCAGCUCUCACUGCAUUUAUCAAAUAGAGGUCAAUUUAAUCAGCAAUUAAACUCAAGCAAUGCACAACCAA